GAGGCGGAGAGAAGAGGCGAAGUCACACAGGUAGAGACGGAACGCGCUUCUAGUAGUGAGUCACAGAAACAUGUAACAUAAAACACAGGCUGCACCUUUUUGCGAUAACCUGCCUGGAUCUGUCAGAUGGUGAACUACUAAGAGGUGGUUUAGGAUUCACAGAAGAGUUGUGAUUUGUGGGAAAGCCCUCCGUCGACGCCGCUGGAGGUUUCAAUGCCAACAUGGAUCACUUGUCUCGGGGCGGGUGUGAUUGAGAAAUAGCUGUCAAGCACCGGGAAACUCUCAUAUUUUGAUUAACGGCAGGUCGGCCGGGUGAUGCUGAUGGACCAGGACACUCAGUGGCUGUACCAACUCCUGGCUGAGGUCCAGUUGGAGAAGUUCUACCUGCGUGUUAGAGAUGGCCUCAACAUCACCCGCAGCGAGCACUUCAACUACGUCAAGGAGUCCGACCUAGAGCAGAUAGGGAUCAGCAAACCUGCACAAAGAAGAUUAUGGGAAGCUCUGAAACGCUACAAGACAACUUCACGAGGACGGUCAUGGAUGCCCAAGGUGUUAAGCGGGCGAGGUCCAGAUGGAGGGGACCAGUGGAGCGGAGGUGGCCCGCCUCAGGGUCAGGAGGGUGUUAGCCGCGCUCUUCCUAGUCUGAUCCAGGACAGUGAGCUGGUUCUGGGAGAGAAGCUGGGCUCUGGGUCCUUUGGGGUGGUGAAGAGGGGAGAGUGGCACACACCCACUGGGAGAGUGUUGCCUGUAGCAGUGAAGUCACUAAGGAGCAGUAUGUCCAAGCAGACGGACACACUGACCGACUUCCUCCAAGAGGUGACCACCAUGCAGUCACUGGACCACCCGAACAUCAUCCGACUUUAUGGCGUGGUGCUCACGCAGCCCCUCAAGAUGGUGACAGAGCUGGCCCCCUUGGGCUCACUGUAUGACAUCCUGCGCUCACGUCAGUAUGAGUACCCUCUGGUCCGCCUUUGGCUCUUUGCUACCCAGAUAGCAGCAGGUAUGGACUACCUUGAGUCCAGGAGAUUCAUCCACAGGGACCUGGCUGCAAGAAACGUCCUGCUGGCGGCCAGGGAGAUGGUGAAGAUCGGGGACUUUGGCCUGAUGAGAGGCCUGAGCCAAGACGCGGACCACUAUGUGAUGUCAGCACACAGAAGGAUCCCGUUUGCAUGGUGUGCUCCAGAGAGCCUGCGUGUGGGCUCCUUCUCCCACUCCUCAGACGUGUGGAUGUUUGGCGUCACCCUGUGGGAGAUGUUCACCUACUGUGAGGAGCCCUGGUUCGGCCUGUCAGGCAGACAGAUCUUGUGGCGUGUGGAGCGGGAGGGGGAGCGCCUGGAGAAACCGCCAGAUUGCCCUCAAGAAAUGUACGCCGUCAUGAGGAAGUGCUGGGCCUGCAAUCCUGCUGACAGACCCAACUUUGCCCAGAUCUGCACAAUGGUGGCAGAGGCUAAACCAAUGGAAGGCCAAGCAACAAGAGACUUCGUUGAACCCAGGAAACUUGCACUUGCAGCCAACGACCUCGUGACCCUCGUAGACCAUGGACUGGAGCUGAGUGAAUGGAGGGGCCAGAACCAGAGGACGCUGACAGUCGGCUGGUUUCCAGCGACCCUCAUCAUGCCGACACUUGCCCCUGCUGCCGCUGCCAACCCCGCCUCUACCACUGCUUACAUCUCACCCCCGCUGAAGGGCAGCCUGCACCACACUGCGCACGGAGACAUCAAACCUGAGCGCUGCUGGGGAACACCUGAGAACAUGGACGAUGGAGGCGGCUGGAGGACGCACCCUGCCCGGGACAAGGAGGGCUCCAACCUGCAGAAAAUGGCAGGUAUGUCUCGGAGCCUGGAGUCUGUUUUGAGUGGACAUCGGCCCCGGGCUCACACAGUAGGGGCGGUCAGAGUGGAUCAGCAGGGCAGACCCGUGCCCACUGUGAUGGCAGCUCGCAGUGUGGUGAUGCAGCAGGACACACGCCGCUUCAGCGAGGCCAGUAUCGCCCCUCCUCCACGGCCACCGCCCCCCAACCUGAAACGCUUGAUGAAACCCCAGAGGAGGCCCACAAUCCACCCUGUCCCGGGCACUCCGUGGCCUCCACAUGUCGUCCCUUCCCCUCCAUCGCAGGCACAGCCUCACCCUCAACCUCAACCUCCACCCCAGCACCCACCUCCGCAGGCCGCCGGAGGCUCCAACUUGGCUAAAAUGGCUCACAUGGCUCGCUCAACCCCGCAGCUGGACGACUACACGGACAACAGAGAGAGGGAGCGAGCCAGAGGUCGGGAUAAGUCACCCCAAGUGCACAACACGAGAGACAGUCUCAUCGCACAGGUUAUGGAGGCGGUUCAUGGAGUGACCACUGAAGAGGUUCAUACUGCACUGCAGCGUAGUGAGUGGAACCCAGUGCGAGCUGAACAGCAACUCAAGUUGGAGCAGCUGUACUCGCUGAGCCUCUGCUCCCGAGAGGACUGUCUGAGGAUCCUCUCCAGAUACCAGUGGAACCUGCAGGUGGCCAGUCGCUACCUGAUCCGAUGGUCGCGGGACGAGAGGGCCGUCACCGGCGACCGGGAGCGACCAGCGAGCACAGAAAGACGAGUCUGAAGGGAUUUUUGUCGCUGAUUUUACCUUUGUUCGUGCAUCAAGCAACAAUUGUGGCACUGGAUGCUGCCCAGUAUGACUUUUUUCAUUGGCCAGCUUGAUGUGGGAACAGAAGGGAGUCCAGUGGGUACGAUAACGGCAGAAAAGUGAAGGUGUAUUAAUGUAAAAAGGAAUAUUCUGAACCAGGAAUCUAGCAAAACAUUUCUGACUGCUGUUUUUGUAUUUUUAUUGAGAAACUGUCCGGCACAUUAUGUGUGCUUUUGCAAAUAGUUUUUGUAUCUAAAUGAAUUUGUACAUAUUGUUUUAGAAAUUGUAUUAUUGAAUAAAAUGAUCUGGGCUUAA